AUCAGUGUUGCGUUAUUGACCGUUCAAUACUAGCGAGCGAGCUUCUUAUGCGGUACAAGCUAGCAGGCAGGCACACUGGUCAAAAUUGAGACCGAUUUACAAGUAACCAAAGAGCAAUAAUGAGACGAGUUACGUUAUUUGUUAACGGUACGUCUAAAAAUGGCAAGGUGGGUAAAUAAGUCCGCAAAACCUGUUGUAAUGUAUUUAUUGGCUGCUAAAGUCAUUUGCUGUUCCGACGAAUUUUGAUUCCUUCAUACUGUAUCCUAAACGUAUCAGACUUUACAAGUACUACAGCUUAGUACAACCUGUAUCCUUGUGCAUUGCCCGUUUUUCUUGAAAUGUGUCUCAAGUUUGCAAAACACAAAUUGAUGUACAAUGUUUUCUAUAAUCAGGUUGUAGCAGUAUAUGGGGCCUUGUCUGACUUACUAUCUGUAGCCAGCAAUAAGUUGGGGAUAAAAGCCUCCUGUUUAUAUAAUGGAAAAGGAGGUCUCAUAGAUGACAUUGCCCUAAUCAGAGAUGAUGAUGUGUUGUAUGUCUCAGAAGGUGAUCCAUUUAUUGAUUGUCAGAGUGAAGUCAAAGUCUCAUCUGAUCAGCAAGGUGCUCACACCGACUGGUUGACCCUCAAUAUCGGUGGCCGUCUAUUCACCACGACCAGGAGCACGUUGGUCAGCAAAGAGCCAGAGAGCAUGCUUGCUCACAUGUUUCGAGAGAAAGAUGUGUGGGGGAACAAGCAAGAUGAACAUGGAGCCUACCUCAUUGACCGCAGUCCUGAAUACUUCGAGCCUAUUCUUAACUACUUGCGGCAUGGUCAACUCAUUAUCAAUGAGGGUGUAAAUAUACGAGGUGUUCUUGAGGAGGCUCGGUUCUUUGGAAUUGAGCAACUUGCCGAUCAGUUGGAAGUAGUCAUCAAGAACUCUCAGCCUCCUGAAGACCACUCUCCCAUUUCCCGCAAAGAGUUUGUUCGUUUUCUUUUGGCAACACCCACCAAGUCUGAGCUUCGUUGCCAGGGUCUUAAUUUCAGUGGUGCUGAUCUGUCCCGGCUCGAUUUGCGCUACAUCAAUUUCAAGAUGGCUAAUCUCAGUCGUUGCAAUCUGACACAUGCCAACCUGUGUUGUUCCAAUCUAGAGCGGGCUGAUCUAUCCGGAGCCAACCUGGAUGGUGCUAACUUACAAGGUGUGAAGAUGCUCUGCUCCAAUGCCGAGGGAGCUUCUCUCAAAGGAUGCAACUUUGAAGAUCCUUCUGGCCUGAAGGCUAAUUUAGAAGGAGCCAACCUGAAAGGAGUCGACAUGGAAGGAAGUCAAAUGACCGGCAUUAACCUGCGGGUGGCCACUCUGAAAAAUGCAAAGCUGAAGAACUGCAAUCUGCGGGGCGCCACUUUAGCUGGGACUGAUCUUGAGAACUGCGACCUGUCUGGUUGUGAUCUACAGGAGGCUAACCUGAGAGGGUCUAACGUGAAAGGAGCCAUUUUUGAAGAGAUGCUUACGCCGCUGCACAUGUCGCAGAGUGUCAGAUAACUUCACACUCUCAUGCAAGUCCCAUUAGCCACAGCUGGCUUCUCACUCCUCCCUCAACUGCCUAAAACUCCCCAAACUCCCUCCCUCCAGCUCUUUUGACCUGUUUUUAACACAGGUAUGCACUUCUCCAUUCCACCAAUGAUAUGUUAGCUUUAAAUAUCUCUCACUAUUUAUCCAGGGUUGUUUGUAUCUUUGGAUGCUAGGAUGUAUUUCAGUGUCUAUUGUUCAAAUACGUACAGUACAUCACAAAGCAAUUUUUUUCAGUUUUCAGUGUCUGGAUUGAAUCCAGUGGCUACAAUCAUCAGUAUUUAAUAUGUUAUACCUACAGAUAUGUGUAUGUUACUUCGUAUUAGUAGGAGUUAAAACCAGUCUAUGGCUGCAGUCUCGGAAUGCUUUUGCCGAACCAGUAUGAGUCUCUUACCAAUGGAUUUGUUGCCGUACUUUUCUCCUAAAGUAGCCUACUAUACCACACUAUAAAUGCAAGCCAAAGCCACAGGAUAGCACAAGCUAAAGAGUCAAAGUGUUGAACCUAUGCGAUUGGCCUAGACGUCAACACAGCUCGGAUAUGCAAUACUUUUCCUACACUCAAAAAGCUUAUUUAUGUUUGUGCGCUCUGGAUCUACCUCUUUUUUUUGUGUCAGUGAUCCAUUUGCAUGUAUUCAACUGUGGCACUGCAUACUAAAAUGUUGUAUGUCAGUCAUAUCUUAAGUUCUAAGAGACUCUUAAGAGACUAAUUCGUGUUGGUAUGGCAGAAGGUCACGUUCACAUGUUUGGUAUUAUUCUUGUAGUUAAUACUCUAUAUAUAAAAACUUAAUCAUGCUUGGAAUCUAUUUGCACAAGUAUACAUGUAUCUUUUCACCAAAAAACAUUGUAAAUCGUGUAAUCUUAUGUAUAUUGAAUCCAGUGCUUCCAAACGUUCUCCCAAAAAACAGUAUAUAGGAAGAGGACGGUGUAUCUUUGCAUGAGUGUACUUGUCUUUGACUGGCCAAGAACAUUUCGCUAUAGCUCAGUGCUGAUGCAAUACUAUUUACUCCAUUUAAUAGAAGGUACCCGACCUGUGAGCGUGAAUGAUGGUGUUUGUUUAUGUCACGAUGAGUGUGAAAAUCAAUGGAAGUGAUGCUGAUUAUUUAUUUGUGACUGGUAUAUGGCGCAAAAGUUGUUUGUUUUAUGCUUAGGACCGGGGGUAUGCUUCUCCUUGUCAACCAUUAUUGCACUUGACUGGAAAUAUAUUUCCAUUAACUGACUGUUAUAAAUAAACUCCUUUGAAGAACAGAUGCCUGUUUUUUAUGAUGCGAGUUUGUACAAAAAUUACUGGAAAAUAGCAAAGGAUUAAUAUUAUGUAACCAUACAAAAGCUUCUCAAGUGCCAAUUUGUCCAGUGUUAGUGGUCAAGACGACACUUACCAUUUUAUGUGCUCUAAAGGUCACUGGAAAUAUUGCUUAAUCCCACUUUGUGAGCCCCUGCAGUGAAAUGAUGGGCUAUUCUGGGAAAGCAAGCAGCAUAUAUACUUUGGAACAUACUCAGGGUUCACCAAAGAAGGCAGACAGUUCAGAAAGCAGCCGUCCUACAAAGAAGGUAAAAGAGACUUUGCUAAAUUUGAAAAUGUGUAAUUA